AUGGCGGCUGCGCUAUGGAAACACGGCUUCACAAUGAACCGACGCCUCUCAACAAUCAUUUUGCUUGCUGCCGUUCUUACCGCCGCGCAAAUAACGGCUGUUUCGUCACAAGCGUACAAUCCUUGUACGGAUGUCCCGUGUGGCAUCGGCGGCACAUGUAGCUGGGACAGUCAGUAUACGUGGACGUGCUCGUGCUAUAGCGGGUACGCGGUCUUCACCACCUCGUUCGACUUGGCCGGCGUAACCGUCUCCGGACAGACGUGUGUUUCUGCAAGCUCCUCCCCCUCUUACUCCUCCCCCUCUUACUCCUCCCCAUCCUACUACUCCUCCCCCGCCCCUCCUUCCACCAACUCCUCCUCCUCCUCUUCUUCCUCUAAGGGCCUAUCCACGGGAGCAGUGAUAGGCAUCGUGGUGGGAGUGAUUCUACUGCUGCUGCUGCUGGGGGGAGUGGGUCUCUUUCUCUGGUUCAGGCACAAGAACAAGGCCAGUGGGGCUGAUAAGCCUGGCCAGGCGUACGGGGGAACCGCGGCAGUAGGGGCUGAUCUAGAGGCUAAUAAGGGGUAUGCUAACCCCUAUUAUGCGGGUGGUGGGGGGAGCGGAGGGGGGAGCGGAGGGGGGAGCGGAGGGGGGAGUGGAGGGGGGAGCGGGGGGUGGGGUGGAGGGGGAGGGGAGAGCGGGGGGGAUGGCAUGGCGGCUCCAGUGGCUGGGGGAUACGGGGGAUCAGGAGGGGCAGGGGCGGCAGCGUAUGGGGCAGCAGGAGCAGGGGGGGCGUAUGGGGCAGCAGCAGCAGCAGGGGGGGCGUAUGGGGCGGCAGGGGGGGCGUAUGGGGCAGCAGCAGGGCCUCAGGCGGGGAUGGGAUCUGGGUCUGGGUCUGGGAACGUCAUUCACCCCAUGUACAUGGGAAGUGAGUAUGCUUGUUCCCUCUAUGGCAUGCGCAAGUUGAGACAGGAGUCAGCCCCUCCCUACGACCCCCCUGUGCUGUGGGCUGCCGCUCCCUUCCUAUCUCUUUCAUUCCCCGCCCUCGUUCCCCCCCUCCCCCCCCCUUGCUACCACUCCUCUUCCCACCCCACUCCAGGUGGCAGCGAUGGCAACGAAGCACCACCCCAACCUGGUCCGCCUACUGGGAUACGGUGUCAACAUGAACCCAACACCACCGUUCUGCACCCCUUUCUCCCUUCCUCACACUACAGCCCAGCAGCACCAGGCAGGGGCGACCUGAGCAUGGAGCAGAUAGUGGUGUAUGAGUUCAUGGCUCACGGGGACCUCGAGCGCUGGGUGGGGGAGGGGGCGGCACAGCCGCUGCCCGUAGCUGAGCGUCUCUCGGUGCUCAUCGGCACGGCCCAUGGGUUGGAGUAUCUUCACAGCUUUGGCAUCGUGCACCGGGAUAUCAAGCCGGCUAAUAUUCUCCUUGACGACAAGUUUGAGGUGAGCUUGUCUGACCUCAGUUGUGCCUUUCCCUGCCAAGGUAGCAGACUUCGGGUUGUUGAGGGAGAACGAGGGCACAACGGUGGGAGACACUCGCAUCAUGGGGACACCCACCCUUGCUCCUCCUCCCUUCCCUCAAUCGCCCACGUCCCCUUGCCCUGCGCCUCUCACCCACCCCCACCUCUCACCUCCCAAUGCUCCCAGGCUAGGGUGGCAGACUUUGGGCUGCUGAGGCAGAACGAGGGCACGACGGUGGGAGACACUCGCAUCAUGGGGACACUCUUGUUCCACCUCCCUUCCUCAUUUGCCGCACAUCCCCUUGGCCUGCAUCCAAUCCCACCCUCACCUCCCUCCCUUAUCCCCGUACAGAGCGGUGCAAUGCGGUACAAUGUUGUACUGAGUGGUACAGAGCGGUGCAAACCGAUGUUGUCCUGUACAGAGCGGUGCAUUGUGGAGCAGAGCGGUAUUGAGCGCUAUGGCACGGCUUUAAGCGGUACUGUCCUUUUUGGCAUCCUCGUGCUGACCACUCUGUCGGGCCGCAACGCUCUCAGGGUGGAUGAGAACGGCAACAGUUUCAACGUCAGGGACUGGAUGGAGUUUAAUGUGUCGACUAAACCACCGCUCUCCACUCCUGUCCAUACCUCCCCACCCCUCAGCUUUGGCAUCCUCAUUCUGACCACAGUGUCGGGCCGCAACUCUCUCAGGGUGGAUGAGAACGGCAACAGUUUCAAUGUCAGAAAAUGGGCGGAGUCGUUAGUUGCGGCCGGCAAAGCGGAGGAACUGAAAGACCCGCGAUUGGACGCUCCCGCAGAUUUGAUUCUGCGGCUGGCGCAGCUAGCUCUGCGCUGCACUGCCAUGCCGACAGUGACUCGUCCUGACAUGGUGCAGGUGGUAUCUGAGCUCACAGCACUCAGGAAGGAAUUUCUGGGGAAGGUGUCAUCCAGGAUGGCUGAGAGGAUUGACGAGGAGGUGGAGUCCCAGAGAGUUGGGAAUUUCAGUGCGGAAACAGAGAUGAUACAAAAGCUGGCAUUUCAGGAUAGCGCCAGUGCAAUGAGCAUUCGCUAG